CACAGAUGAAACGCUGAAGAAACAAGGACCACGAGAACGGGCUAUCGUGAUGCCUAUAGAGCAGUAACUAGACCAGAAUGGAACUCCUAACAAAUGUAUUUGAUGCAGCCCGAAACGCAAGUGGCGUGCCCGGCGCAAACUUCUCACGCCGGCCUUCCACUUCAAGCUGCUGGAUGACUUCGUGCCAGUCAUGGUGGAGCACUCUCGCGCAUUCUCGAAGCGCCUGCGCGCGCUCUCGCAGCAGCACCGGCAGGCGCCGAUCGACGUGGUGCCGCUCGUGUCAUGCUGCACGCUGGACGUCAUCUGCGAGACUGCCAUGGGAGUUUCCGUGAACGCCCAGGAAGACGGUGAAGCUCCGUAUGUCAAAGCAAUUAAAGUCGUGUCCGGAUCCUUCCUGGAGCGCUUCGCGAGCCCUUGGAAGUGGGUCGACACCUUCUUCUUCACCAACCCUAGGGGGUGGAAUGUUAAACGAAACGUCAAAUACCUGCACAACUUCACCGAACGGGUAUGCCUCUCUAAACGUAAAUGCGGUCUCCGGUUCCCCACUUAAGUUGGCACUGCUCAA